CCGGCAGAAAAUAGGCGGCGACCUCCAUGGGGCGGUGAGUGUUUUGCUCACGUGAUACUCAUAUCCCCCUUCAAUAUGGGAGGCAGCAAUGCGACUGAAUGACUCCCCAACUUCCAACAACGUUGAGAGACCGCUAGAUUAUGGGCCUGCCGCAGGACUACGGACCACCCGACAUGGACGAGACGACCGUCACUGUACCAUUUCCAGCCCCAACAAAACAGGUGGCGGGAGAGAUCAAUGGCGUAAAGACAGACGUGAUGUACAUGUCUUUCUCCGACAAAAUCAUGAUCACAAUCACACAGAAUGGCAAAUUGUCACAGUGGGUAUCUGUGCCCUUACUGAGCGACAAUCCGACACAAGCAGAUCCUUAUUUCCAGACUGCCCGCUCUGAAGAUGACAGUCUUCUUCCGUCCGCUCGCUUCUCGCCUCGCGUGCUUCUCGGCGCCGGUGGUCCUGACCGAGAGGCCCUCGGCCAGCUCUACGCGUCUCAGAUCGCAAAUGCUAUAGUCACAAAGUCGCCAGAGGAAAGUCGGUCGUUGAUGCUUGGGCUGGGUCUGGCCAAAGCCGACCUAGACAGAGAUGUGUUCCUGCAGGUCAUCGACCUUGUCUUGUCUGUGCUAUGAUGUGGGCG